UAUGAUUUUUUUUUAUCUUUAUAGGUGCAGCUGCUGUUGAGCUUAUGUCGAACUUCCGUUUUCCUUGUAUGGUCUGAAAUAAUUAUUUAAAGUUUCCGACUUAAAAUUAUUCUGCAGGUAAAUUAAAUUGAGAAUUUAAGGGAGAUUUAUUUCUAAUUCUCUUAAAUAUAUUGAUCAAGCUUUAAGAUGUUGAUGUUUUGUCCUACUUGCGCUAAUAUUCUAGUGGCAGAAGAUUUGAGAUAUUGCUUUCGUUUUGCAUGUAGCACUUGCCCUUACACAUUUAAUGUCAAAAGACGCAUCAGUAGUCGUUCAUACCCCAAAUUGAAAGAAAUUGAUGACGUUCUUGGUGGUGCUGCUGCUUGGGAGAACGUUGAAUCCACAGAAGAAACCUGCCCUAAAUGUGGGCACACAAAAGCAUACUUCUUCCAGACCCAAAUUCGCUCAGCUGAUGAACCGAUGACAACCUUUUAUAAAUGUGCGCAGUGUUCUCACCAGUGGAGAGAAUAGAAGACAUGCCUGGAAAUAUAUUUUGAAAUGUUAUUCAUGACGAAGUCAAAACUGUGAUAUUUAAUUUUUUUUUCCUUUUUUUUUUUUUUUUGUGCAAAAAUAAAAAAAAU